CUGGCUUGUUAACAUUAUGUCACCUCCAGUUUUAGCAUAGAGUUAACCCCGUAAUUUGCAUAACGGAAGCCUCCUGUUAUUAGAGGACGAGAGGGAAAGGUUUUCUCUAACAAGGUGUUGUACCGGUGAAAAAUGAAGUGGACGGUUGUUGGAGUAUUAGUUACUCUUCAGUUAAUCUCUCUGGUUUGUGGAGUACAAGAUAGCCAGCAGACGAUCCACGAUCAUUUACAAUCGGAAAACCUCAUCCCUGUCCAAAGUCAGGCUGCACAGUCUCAUCUUGUGUACGAAGGCAGCGGGGACAUAACUGACCAAUCAGAGAAGAUCCCUAUCUACAAGGUCACCCGACCUCCUCCUUCUAUCAAACCUCCCAGGGACAUAAAAAACAUUGCAAAUGCAGGUCACCACAAUGCUUCCGUUGUGAUUCUACAUAAACCGUCGCCUGCUAUCAUAGUUUUGAUAGUGAUUCUGAUACUUCUGCUUCUGACAUCACUGCUUGUCAUUGGGUAUCUCUGGAGGCGCGUUCGAAUUCUUAAGGAGAGGCACAAAAAGCCAUACCCCACAGAGGGAGAGUUUGACGAGGACGAAUACUCAGUGAUGAUGGACUGGAACGCCACUUAAAACUCAUCAAGGCUGCAGUGCUGUCUACAAAUUGUGUUCUCCAGUUAACAAGGAUGCACGAUGAUCUGGGCUAUUCCAGAUCUAGCAGUGCUAGAAAUGUCCAUUAACAUCAUUGUAAAAUUUCUACAGGUGAAAAAAUGAAACUUGCCAAAUAUAACAAAACGGUCUCAUGACUCCAUCGAUAAUUAUUUUUAUUUAAGUUUCAGUAAUAAACAAAGUUCAAAAAUGA